CCCCUCCCUCAGGAUACGUAGUUGAAUAUGAGUGAAAAUCGCAGCCGUCGCGUGGAUAGUGGAAAAAGGUGAAAAGCCGUCUGUUGUUAAAAACGUGGCGUUGUUUGGUGGUCCGUGAAGCGAAUAAAACAAGACGUCUGACCGGUUGCAGAGCUCGUUAACACACGGAAAUCCAGCAGGCUGUUGCUUGUGUCGUCGGGAAACGGGAGUCUCUCGGAUUGUCGAUCGCGGCGGCUUUUAUAACGACAUCAUGACUGACAGAAAGGCCGUGAUCAAAAAUGCUGACAUGACGGAGGACAUGCAGCAGGAUGCUGUGGAUUGUGCCACACAGGCCAUGGAGAAGUACAACAUUGAGAAAGACAUUGCUGCCUACAUCAAGAAGGAGUUUGACAAGAAGUACAAUCCCACAUGGCACUGCAUCGUGGGACGGAACUUCGGCAGCUACGUGACGCACGAAACGAAACACUUCAUCUACUUCUAUCUUGGUCAAGUGGCGAUCCUGCUCUUCAAGUCAGGCUGAGAAAGGCUUUCUAAUUUCCAUCGCACAAAUUCUGAGCUCAAGCUCCGAACCUGGACUGUGAUGCACUGAUGACUGAUGCCAACACACACACACACACACACACACACACACACACAUACACACAUGCAUACACACGUACAUCUAAACACAACCAUACACAUACUCACCCUGAGAAAAUAGCUAUGGAGUCUGUCCAUAAGUGCAUGGACCGUGUACAAUAUUUAAUUUGUAUAUGUUGCUUUCCUGUAGUUGCUCUUGACUUAAAGCAACUUUUUUUGCUGAGUAUUUUUGCAAAGUUGAAUUUUUGUUUUUGCACUAAAGUUGUAUAAACUGCUUUGACUGCUGCAUUUAAGUAAUAUUAAAGAAUAAAUACAUCAUA